AUGGAAGAGUCGCAAAGACUUCUUGCCUCAGGUAUGUUCAAAGCUGGACAGUUUAAUGUACUUAUCUGCACAGAUAUAGCAAUUAGAGAUUUGGAUAUUCCAUCAGUCGAUAUUAUUAUUAGUUAUGACAUCCCCUCAAAUCCUCAGUACUAUGUCUAUCGAAUAGGACGAACCGCUUGUGACGGACGAUCUGGAGUUGCAAUCUCUCUAGUAAAUCAGUAUGAAUUGGAGUGGUAUACGAAGAUAGAGAAGCUUAUCGGCAAAGAGUUACCUGAAUUUCCUGCUCAAGAAGAGGAAGUCCUACAAUUUCUUGAACCUGUCAAAGAAGCCAAAAUAUUGGCCGAAUCAAAAACAAGCGGAAGUGGAGACAAGAAAGAAAGGAUGGUGAAGAGGAUAUUGAAAAGUAGUCUUUGUUGA